AUGCAAAAUUCUUCGCCCUCAGCGAAACCCGAAACAUUAUCUGAAGCAACGUCUGUAAAUAUGGACAGAAUCACGCAAUUACAACAAUCAAUAGACAGAAUAGUUUCUAUUUUUCUAUCAGUUUUAGAUAAACUAAAUAAUACUAAUUUUGACCAACAAGAAAUAGUUCAUGAUCUUUGUACAAAUGCAAAGCAGAUAGAUUUAUUAAUUGAUUCAUUACCUGGUAAAGAUCAAACAGAAAAUGACCAAAUCGAAAAUGUUCAAAGUUUAGAACAAGAAUUACAAGAAGCAAAUGAAGAAUAUAAAAAAUCAGUUCAAAACGCAGAAUCUCUAUUGAAACAAAUAUUAGAUACUAUAAGUAUUAUUGCCAAGGAUCAAAGUUCAGCUAAUAAUUAUGAAUGA